GUAGACAUUAAACUGCCCCAAGUCCGCUUUGAACACGACAUUUCACAAGUAAAUACAAAUAUAUAUUUAAAAAAUUCAACGGUUCUUUCAUGUCGCGCAUGCGCAUUCGCACUUCAUUUUCUGUUGUGGGAGGCAAACGCUCGUGCCACAACAAUACAGCUCAUCUAACAUGUUAUCGUCCAUGCUAGCGCUGUAGCACGAGAAAGUCAUCACCAGCCAGACAGGUAGACAGACACGCAGGCAGACAUACAGACAGACAGACAGACAGGUAGACAGCCAGGCAGCCAGGUAGACAGACAGAAUGCGCCACUAGCUGCAGUAUAACGCGCGCGCGUUCACCGUCAACAUGGCGCACUGGACCACCUUCGACAAGGAGACGGAGAGAGAGACCAAGAGGCUGGUCCGGGUCAUCGGGGGCGUCCAGGACGAGGACGACCAGAACUUCCAGCUGGCGCACAAGUUCGCCUUGUCGAACUUCAGGUUCCAUCGCUAUCUGGACGUCAACAGCCACACCGUGCAGCGCAGGGUCGAGGGAAUCCACGAGAAGCUCAUGGUCCACUCGGACGUGAGGAAAGCCGAGAGCUGGACGGGGCUGACGGAGGAGUUCCUGAACUCACCGCUGCCCAACACAGAGGGAACCAAGAGCGACGCCCACUACGGCGUCCUGUCCCUGCUGCUCUUCCUGUCCACGACGCCCCUGAACACCGAGUUCACCGAGAGGCCCCGGCUGAAGGAGGCUGAAGAAGAGGACAGCUUCGACUGGGCCACUUACCUGAGGGAGGGGGAGGACGCAGACGCUGGGCCGGACCCAGAGACCCCUGACUGGUCGGAGGAGGAGAGCGAGGACGAUGACAGCCAGCAGCCAAUCAGCAGAGAGGACUCUGGGAUCCAGCUGGACCGAACGCCCCUGGAGGACCAGGACAACAACAACAACAACAAUAAGGAGGCGCCGGUCACCUGGACAGUGGGGGAGCCUGACUCCCGGCUGUGGCUGGAGCACCAUGUGGUGACUCCCUACUGGGUGCCUCACGCUCCUCGCUUCCCUCACAGCCUUCACCUCCACUCCAACCUGCUCAACGUGUGGGACCAGCACCUGUACAACACAGACCCGUUGUACCUGCCGGAGGAAAAGGCCUUCGUCACGGAGACUCAAGUCAUACGGGAGACGCUGUGGCUUCUCUCCGGCGUGAAGAAGCAUUUCAUCUUCCAGCAUCAGGACGGCAAAGUGACGGUCAGGAGCAACGUGGUGGUGACUCACCUGACACCUAGCUGCCUGCGCUCCGUCCUGGACCACGUGGCGGUGUUCGGCCAGGCCGUGUUCCGGCUGCAGCGGUUCAUCGACGAGGUGACGGGUCACGGCUCGGAGCCCAGCCCGCCCGGCUCCUCCCACGGCUCCUCGCAUGGCUCCUCCCACAGCGCCAAGAGGGGCUCGGAGCCGCCCUUCAGGACCUACCAGGCCUUUGUGUGGGCCCUCAACAAGUACUUCACCGGCUUCAAGCAGGAGCUGACCACCAUCGAGAGGGAGAUCAUCUGCAAAGAUGAGACCGUGACCCUGAUGGCGGUCCUGGAGCGACUCAACCCCCACCUGGCUCAGAUCAAGGUUCUGCACAAGGUGUUCAGCACCGGGGUGGCCGAGGUGCCCCCCGAGACCCCCAACGUGGUCCGGGCCUCCCACCUGCUCAACACGCUGUACAAGGCCAUCAUCGAGUACGACGGCGCCGGCGAGGCGUCGGAGCAGGCGGUGGCCCUGUUGUUCUCCCUGUGGACCGAGACCGUCAGGCCCUACCUGGAGAUCGUGGACGAGUGGAUCGUUCACGGACACCUGUUCGAUCCCGCCAGAGAGUUCAUCAUCCAGAGGAACAAGGACGUGCCGGUGAACCACAGGGACUUCUGGUACGCCACCUACACCCUGUACAGCGUGUCGGAGGCGCUGGACGGCGAGGACCGGCUGAGCGAGGCGGCGAGCGGCGGCUCUGCGGGCGAGCCGGGCGGCGCCGGCCGCCGGCAGCUCACCAUGGUGUCCUUCCUCAAGCCGGUGCUCAAGCAGAUCAUCAUGGCCGGCAAGUCCAUGCAGCUGCUCAAGAACCUGCACCCCAAGGAGCAGCAGGAGAGGUCGACCAGAGACGCAGAGAGGAAGAGUCUGUACACUCGCUUCCUGGAGUCGGUGCAGUCUCGUCUGUGCAGCCGGGCCCAGUCCCCCGAGGCCCCCGGGGCCCCCGAGGCCCCGGGGGCCCCCGAGCAGCAGGCCACCAGGAGGAGCCUGGUCAAGAUGCAGUCCAUCAUCUCUCAGCACCUGGAGGUCCAGGAGGUCCACGACCCGCUGCUGGCCAUCAACUUCGCCAGGCUGUACCUGGAGCAGGAGGACUUCCUGCAGGUGUUCUCUGGCGGCGCUCUGGCCGUGGACCGCUCCUCUCAGUCCGUGACGGUCCAGACCUUCGAGCUCACGCUGCGCUGCUGCCUCUACCCGCACAUCGAGCGGCGCUACGUCGAGUGCUGCGGGAACCUCAUGAGGACUCUGAAGAAGGACUACAGGCUGCUGGGCUACCUGCAGGCGAUGAGGAACUACUUCCUGCUGGAGGCCGGAGACACCAUGUACGACUUCUACACGGCCAUCUUUGACAAGGCGCAGGAGAAGGAGAGCUGGCAGCAGCUGUCCUUCCUCAACGGGCAGCUGCAGGAGGCAGUGGGACAGCGCCACCCCGAGGACAGCAGCCGGUUGUCCAUCUCCUUGGAGGCCAUCGAUCCGUCCAGGAAGAAACAUCCAGUGAACAACCUGGAGGUCCUGACCCUGGGAUACAAGGUGCCCUGGCCCGUGGACAUCGUGAUCAGCUCCGAGUGCCAGAAGAUCUACAACCAGGUGUUCCUGCUGCUGCUGCAGAUCAAAUGGGCCAAAUACAGCCUGGACACGCUGCGCUUCAGUGAUUUCACCGACGUCGGCGAGCCGCCGGCCGACGGCCUGAAGCCCAAAGAGCCGAUCAAGCAGCAGAUCCACCGGAUGUGUUUACUGCGCGUCAAGCUGAUGCACUUCGUCAACAGCCUGCACAACUACAUCAUGACCCGGAUCCUGCACAGUACAGGUCUGGAGUUCCAGCACCAGGUCCAGGAGGCCAAGGACCUGGACCAGCUGAUCAAGAUCCACUACAGAUACCUGGCAACCAUCCACGACCGCUGCCUCCUGAGAGAGAAGGUCAGUUUCGUGAAGGAGGCCAUAAUGAAGGUCCUCAAUCUGGUCCUCAUCUUCUCGGACCGCUGGCGGGCCGGCUUCGGAGCCUGGAGGAUCGAGUCCAUCGACAAAAUGGAGUCUGACUUUAAGAACUGUCACAUGUUCCUGGUGACCAUCCUGAACAAGGCGGUGUGCCGCGGCUCCUUCCCUCACCUGGAGUCUCUGGCUCUGUCUCUGAUGGCCGGCUUGGAGCAGUGCUGAGGGCCGCGGCUCGCCGGCCCGAGCGCCGCCGCACGCCAUCGCUCUGCAGCCGCAUGACGCCGUCACUCUGCAGCCAAUCGCUGCCGCUCUGCAGCCGCACGACGCAGCUCUGCAGCCGUCGCCCUGCAGCCAAUCGCUGCCGCUCUGCAGCCGCACGCCGUGGCGUGGGAGGUGGUUUGUCUCUUCGCGGCUGGAUGCCCAACGAGCUGCUUGGGAACAGAUAUUUAAAAUUUACAAAGUGACUUUUUUUGUAUAAAGGAUUUUUGAAUGAACUGCUGGUUGUUAAUACUGUAAAUAUGAAGCACAAUAAAUAUCGCACAAUGAUUGUUGUUGUCAUGGAACAUUGCUUUACAAUAAAGAGUUAUUCUAUUAAUAUUGUGUAAAACUAAAUAAAUGGAGUCGUCUGCACGAGAA